CAGUGUUCUAAAAUUUUUGGGUACAUAGUUUUUUUUGUCUUUUGAUACACUAUAAAAUAGGUUAAUAAAAAAUAUCUACUAGAAGAAUGAAACUAUCAUAUCAGAAUAAUUAAUUUUUUUCAUAAACAUAGUAGUUCAAAUAUGUAACUGUAAAAUAGUUAAAUCUAACAAAAUUGUAGCUGUAAGCUGAGGGUGUCACAGUUUUUGAGAAGGUGGUGGAAACAAGUGUUCGUUAAUGUUGUUAUCCUAUUAAUAUUUCGCUCAAGUUCUGGAAUCUUCCGAAGGAUCCUUCCUUUUCCCUAAGAAUAAUAAUAACUCCAAACACUGUCUUGUUCCUCUUAGAUGCAGCUCUCUGCACCAACAACAGAUUAGUGGCUUAAAAGGCAUGGUUGACUGCUUCAUAGAAGAUGGAGAACAAUGGUAGCAAUUCAAAUUCCCAUCAGAAUCACACUGAAAACAGUUCAGCUGAUGCAAGCAAAGAGAAGAAAGAUGUUUUUGUAAACCAUGCUGAGAUAGCUUGGCAUCAAAUGAGGAAGGAAUGGGUUGGUAAUCAGUCUAAAAAAUUGCAGAGAUCACUGAAAGAUUCAAUUAUGAGCUUGACAACUAGUUAUGAGGAUAUGCUUUUAUCUACAGAAGCUUUUCCACUGCCAAUUCCAUUAGCUGAUAUGGUGGAUUUUCUUGUGGACUUUUGGCACGAUGGAGGUCUCUAUGAUUAGAUCACAGAUGUUUGCGAAUGCUGGUAAGAAUUGAAGAGGCAUUUGUAUGAACAUGAAGAGGCACCUAUUAACAAACCAAUCCCUCAAAAUAAAAGCCUUGUUAUCAUCAUGCAAAACCAUGCAACAAGGACUCCAAAUCCAUGCCUACGUUAUCCUCAAUGGCUGCCACCACGACAUCCUUGUCCAAACAUCACUCAUCUCUUUCUUUGCUUCCUUAAACUCCCCGAGCUCGUUGCACCAUUGUCGCCUUGUCUUCUCCCAAGUUACCACCCCGGACACCUUUCUAUGGAAUGCUAUGAUCAAAGCUCACUCUUAUAGCCACACCCCACAAUACACCAUCACUUUCUACAGGUCAAUGCUCAAUGCUCCUGCUUCCCCUGAUAGUUUCACUUACCCUUUUGUGAUCAAGUCGUGUGCGCAUCUGUUGAGUCCCAAACUUGGUUUCCAGGUUCAAUGCCAUGUAAUGAAAAAUGGGUGUGUUUCGGAUAUCUUUGUUGUGAAUGCUUUGCUGCAUAUGUAUUGUGUUUUGCAAGAAACCCCUUAUGCGUGCAGGGUGUUUGAUGAAAGUCCUGUGAGAGAUAUUGUUUCAUACAAUACUAUGAUGAGUGGAUUUGUGCAGGCGGGUCGCGCAGGAUGUGUGUUUCGGGUUUUCAGGGAGAUGGGGGUUUUCGGAAUUGAGGUUGAUGAGUACACAAUUGUUGCUUUGCUUUCUGUUUGUAAUUUGUUGGAAGAUUUCAAAAUAGGGAAGCAGGUGCAUUGCUUGGCAUGCAAGAAAAUGUGUUCCAAUGAUGUAGUGAUGAAUGCACUGGUUGAUAUGUAUGCGAGAUGUGGGUGCUUGGAUAUGGCUGAGAGAGUUAUGAAGAGUGGGGUGAGGAGCGGUAAUAGAGUUGUUGCGGCUUGGACAUCCGUGGUGAGUGCCUAUGCACGCCGUGGCGAGGUUGAGGUUGCUAGAAGAUUGUUCAACCAAAUGGAUGAUCGAGAUUUGGUUUCUUGGACAGCAAUGAUCAAUGGCUACUCCAAUGCUGGGUAUUUCCAAGAGGCAUUGGAUCUAUUUGUGCAGUUGGAGGAUUUGGGAUUAAAACCAGAUGUGGUUGCUGUCGUUGCUGCUCUUUCUGCGUGUGCGCGACUAGGUGCACUUGACAUGGGAAGAAGGAUCCACUGCCGUUAUGCUGCCAAGAAUUGGCCCGAUUCUCAAGACGGGGGAUUCAUUGCUGCUGUUGUUGAUAUGUAUGCCAAGUGUGGAAGCAUAGACACUGCAUUCGAUAUAUUCAACAAAACAAGUGAUAGUUUGAAAACUACUUUGCUCUAUAAUUCCAUUAUCUCUGGUCUUGCUCAUCAUGGCCAUGGUGAAUAUGCUUUAACUUUGUUCAAAGAAAUGAAGUUAUUGGGACUAAAACCAGAUGAGGUCACAUUUGUAGCACUUUUGUGUGCUUUUGGCCAUAAUGGUCUAGUUGAUGAUGGCUUGAACCUCUUUGAAUCCAUGCUGAGUGUUUAUGGUAUCGAUCCUCAAAUGGAGCAUUAUGGCUGUAUGGUUGAUCUUCUUGGAAGAGCUGGUCAUUUGAACGAAGCGUAUGGUUUAAUUUCGAACAUGCCUUUCAAGGCCAAUGCUGUGAUUUGGAGAGCAUUCUUAAGUGCUUGCAAGUUACAUGGAGAUGUGGAGUUGGCAAAAAUUGCAGCACAAGAGCUUCUUAAGAUGGAGCAUGAUCAUGGCGCGCGUUAUGUAAUGCUCUCAAACAUGCUAGCCGACACAGCGCAGCAUGAAGAAGCUGCAAUUGUGAGAAAAGAAAUUGAUGAAGUUGGAAUUAAGAAACCACCUGGCUGGAGCUAUGUAGAAAUGAAUGAAGGUCUUCACAAGUUUGUGGCAGGUGACAAGUCUCAUCCAGAAGCUAAAGCCACCGAGUUGAUGCUUAGGGAUAUCAACAUGGGCCUAAAAUCUUUUGGGCAGGUCAUAAAUGUAUCAAAAAUGGUGUUUGAUAUAGAUUAACUUUUUGAGGAACAGAUGGAUUGUUACCCUCUUCUUUGACAUUAUAUGAAAAGGUUAAUUCAGUUAUUGGUUGAGCUU